AUGUGCUGUUUGAGGGUGCUGGCUGUGGCACUGCUCUGUGUGUUACUACCGGCUCCGCGAGUGGGUGCGAUCGAACCACGGUCGGUUGAAAAUGGCCACUUGGGACUUGGGCUGCCAAAUGCUUCUGCUGAACCCUUCGAAGCGUCGCCGUACGUGCUGCCCAACGUAUCGGUGCCGGUGUCCUACGAACUGUUUGUCGAUCUGACCGACGAAAGUUUUCAAACGUACUCCGGAGCGGUCGACAUUACGUUCCAACAAACGGCCACCGGAAAGUCCCUGGCACUCAACAGCGUGGGUUUGAUCGUAAACGAAAGCACGCUACGGGUUACGCAAUCCAACGGAAAUGCCAUCCCGAUCGAGCGGUUCGAGAGUGUGCCUGAAUCUCAGAUGAUCGUCCUACACUGCUCCGAAUCGCUGGAGACCGGUGAGGUUUACCGGGCGCAUCUGGAGUUUGAGGGACGCAUCAAUAUAGAUUUUUACAAGGGCCUUUACAGAAGUAGCUACCAAACGGAGCAUGGCGUGAAGUACCUUGCCACAACGUUCUUUGCCGCUAUCUACGCACGAACAGUGUUUCCCUGCUAUGAUGAACCGGCUUACAAAGCCACAUUUGGCGUAAAAAUUCGACAUCAUGACAAACACACCGCUUUAUCGAACAUGCCAGCCAUCGACAGUGUUCCGUCCGGAGGAUUCGUGGAUACGUCUUUCCAAACGACUCCGAUAAUGUCCACGUACUUGGUGGCGUUUGUUGUAUCGGAACUGAAGACAUUACCUACACAAGAUGGGCUAUUCCGCGUGUUUGCUCCGGAAGGCCGAGAACACCUCACACAGUACGCCCAUGACUUUGCGUUUAGGGCGUUGCGCUACCUGGAGAACUUUUUCGGGCGUCAAAAUCAAAUGGCCAAGAUCGAUCUGGUGGCGAUUCCCGAUUUCGCGAUGGGGGCCAUGGAAAACUGGGGUCUGAUAACGUUUCGAGAAGAUUAUCUACUUCACGAGCAAGGCGUCAGCACGGCACGGAGCGAACAAUUCGUUGGCGCGAUAGUAACGCACGAGCUGGCCCAUAUGUGGUUCGGCAACGAGGUAACACCGGACUGGUGGACAUACGUUUGGCUAAAUGAAGGGUUCGCACGCUACUUUGAGAACUACAUCACAUCGCAGCUCGAGCCGUCAUGGAAUCUCUGGGACCAAUUCGUCGUUGUCAACGUGCACUCGGCCUUAUCGCUAGAUUGUCAUAGCAACAACCGUGCAAUGAGCUACUACACUACGGAUCCGUACGAACUGAACGAACUCUAUGACUAUGUAGUGUACGCUAAAAGUGCCUCCGUCAUACGCAUGAUUCAGAACGUUAUCGGAAUCAGCUCGUUUCGGAUGGCUAUCAACGAUUAUCUGCGAUCGCGCAGUUAUCUCACCACCGUUCCGCAUGACCACAUCUCUCGUCUGCAUCGUGGUAACACCGUGUACCUUGCCUGCUAUUCCGGAGUGCAGGCCUGUCUGGACGACGCCACUGAGUACGUUCAAUCUACCUUCGUAAAUCCUUCGUACAAAGUUCCCGAAGAGGCACAAGCGGUGGUGUUCUGUGCCCUACACAAGCAUCGAUUACUCGUAGAAUCGGACUACCAAAUUACAUGGUUCGAGAAUCAAUUUUUAGCCCAGGACAGUUCCGAGCUCGAUGUAGAAAUGAUUAACCGCUACUUGACCAGUGUCGGUUGUUCACGAAACGAAACCAUUCUGGAGUACUUCCUGUCGCUCACGAACUUUAACUAUCCGGGGCUUCCAAUUACGGCCGCCAUGAAAAGUCAAAUUUAUGUCGGCCUUGCUAACGGUGGUUCCACCGCCCGUAUGGCUGCGCUGCGGUAUUUGAAUGAGCAUUUCUCCACCGUUACCUAUUUACUACCCAACGUGGGGCCCAUCUUCACCGAACUGGGCAAUCGCAUCAAUGUUCAAUCGGAACGUGCCCUCCUUCAAGAAAUCGUAACAAAGUACGGACACACCUUGGCUGCUGCAGCGAAAGAGGCCGCUGAUCAAGCUCUCGUGCAAGCGGAUCAAAACAUUCGCUGGAUGCAAAAGUACGCCCCGACCGUGACCACUUGGCUAACUGAAGCAAUGUACGAGGGAACUACGACGAAACCACAGGGUGGCGGUGCCGGUCGCACGUGGAGUACCCAGACCCUAGCGGUGACUGGACUAGUUUUGAUCGCUAUGAAUACGUUGGCACAGUUCGCCUAAAUGAAGGAGUGCUGGUAAUGUUCACUGGAGUGACCACCUUUGGGUGAGUUCGUUCCUUUUAUUGUAGUCAUCAUCCACUAUAGAAAGUAAUUGGUGCUCCAAUAAAGCGAUAGUA